AUGGCAGGCAAGUUAGCUGGGAACAAUUCAAGACAAGCCUUGGGUGAAUCUUCGGAUCAGAUGGUGGUGACUCCGUUUGAAGUCUCUGCGAAAGAGGGUGAGAAGAUCGAUUACAACAAGCUUAUUGACAAAUUUGGGUGCCAAAGGAUCAAGGAGUCGCUGAUUGAUCGUGUUGAAAGUCUGACUGGUCGUCAACCACACGUAUUCCUCCGCCGCGGUGUAUUCUUCGCCCACAGGGAUUUGGAUGUCAUAUUGGACGCCGGAGCAAAGUUUUAUCUCUACACAGGGAGAGGACCUUCCUCGGAGGCUUUGCAUUUGGGGCACUUGAUUCCUUUCAUGUUUACCAAAUACUUGCAAGAAGCUUUCAAGGUCCCCCUUGUUAUACAGCUCACGGACGAUGAGAAAUUCACGUGGAAGAACAACUUAUCCGUCGAGGAAACUAAAAGACUAGCUAGAGAGAACGCCAAGGAUAUCAUUGCUUGUGGAUUUGAUGUCACAAAGACUUCCUUUUCUCGGAUUUCGACUAUCUUGGAGGGUAAUGCUUUCUAUGAGAAUAUGGUUAAGAUUGGAAGGUGCCUUGGAUAUAAUAAGGCUAAGGAGAUGUUUGGCUUUUCCGGUGAUGAUUAUAUUGCAAAGCUCAGUGUUCCUUUGGUGCAAGCAGCUCCGUCUUUUGCGAGCUCAUUCCCACAAUUGUUCCCUGGCAAAGGCAAUCUCCGUUGCUUGAUUCCUUGUGCAGUCGACCAGGAUUCCUGUUUUAGAAUGGCUCGUGAUUUUGCACCUCCGCUAGGCUAUAGGAAGCCUGCUUUGAUUGAGUCAUCAUUUUUUCCUGCUCUCCAGGGAGUGCAUGUAAAAGUAUCUGCUAGUGAUCCAGAUUCCGCUAUCUAUUUGACUGAUACCGCCAAGGCUAUUGCCAGAAAGAUAAACAAAAAAGCGUUUAGUGGUGGGAAAGACAGCGAGAAGGAGCAUAUCGAAUUCGGAGCAAAUCUCGAGAAAGACAUACCGUUCAAGUAUUUGAGUUUCUUCCUCGAAGAUGAUAUUGAGCUUGAACAAAUUAGAAAGGAGUAUGGAGAAGGUCCGAAGCUACCCGGAGGAGAACAAAGGAUGAUGACCGGAGCUGUAAAGAAGCGAGUCGCUCAAGUGUUGACACAAGUCGUGGAGAGACACCGCAGGGCUCGAGCUGACGUUACCGAGGAGCUGGUGGAUGCAUUCAUGGCCGUGAGACCUCUCCCAACCAAGUCUGAAGCUUGGGAGCAAGUGGAGAGUCCACGAGGGAAGAUGAAGAUGGAUGACGACAAGCUUAUUGACGAGUCACUGAUUGAUCGUGUUAAAAGACUGACUGGUCGUGAACCACACGUAUUCCUCCGCCGUGGUGUCUUUAACUCCCACCAGGAUUUCAAUGAGAUAUUAGAUGCGUACGAAGGAGGAGAGAUGUUCUAUCUCUUCAGUGGCAGAGGAGCUUCAUCGGAAGCUUUGCGUAUAGGGGAUUUGAUUCCUCUCAUGUUUACCAAAUACUUGCAAGAAGCUUUCGGCGUUCCUGUUGUUGUACAGCUCAGGGAUGAUGGCGAUUGCUCAUUAUCAGAUGAGGAAGUUCGAAGACGUGCCAGGGAAAGUGCGAAAGAUAUCAUUGCUUGUGGAUUCGAUGUAACAAAUACGUUCAUUUUCUCGGAUCUCGGCUAUAUUGGCGGUGCUUUCUACAAGAAUAUGGUCAAGAUUGGACAGUGCGUUACAGUUAAUAAGGCAAGGGGAAUCUUUGGCUUUUCCGAUGAAGAUUGUCUCUCGAAAUACUCUUUUCCUCCUGUUCAGGCAUCUCCAUCUUUUCCGAGCUCAUUUCCACAUUUGUUCUCUGGCAUGGACAAGCUCCCUUGUCUGAUUCCUUGUGCAAUUGACCAGGAUCCUUAUUUUAGAAUGACUCGUGAUGUCGCGCCCCGGUUAGGCUUUAGCAAGCCUUCUCUAAUUGAGUCAACAUUUUUUCCUGGUCUGCAGGGAUUUAACGGAAAAAUGUCUGCGAGUGAUCCAAAUUCCGCUAUCUAUGUCACUGAUACCGCGGAGGAUAUUGCAUACAAGAUAAACAAAUGUAAGCAGCAGACCGACAAGGAGUGUAGAGAUCUCGAGGAAGACAUACCGUUCCAGUAUUUGAGUUUCUUCCUCGAAGAUGAUGAUGAACUUGAACGCAUUCGAAAGGAUUAUGGAGAAGGAAAAAUGUUACCUGGAGACGUAAAGAAGCGACUCAUUGAAGUGUUGACAAGCAUUGUGGAGAGACAUCGUAGUGCUCGAGCUGCCGUUACUGAUGAGAUGGUUGAUACCUUCAUGGCCGUGAGACUUGUCCCAACCAUAUCAUAG